AUGUUUGCCCUAACCGUCGCAGCCAGCGCCGGCGCGCGCGUGGCUCCCUCCACUGGUGAGUCCCCGUACCGCGCCUCUCGUGCGCUCUCGAGCCGGAGCGCGCCCCCCGGGGAUUACCCGCGCGGGGCUCCGGAUAUCUCCCGGAUAAAGUUUCCAUGCGCUUCGUCGGCGGUGCCGAUCUCCGCGAACCUCCGGGCUGACAUCCACCUCCCGUCCUCCCCUUUACGUCUCGCAGCUCCCCGCGCGCCCGCCGCGCGCAAGGCCACCGGCGCGGUCGCGCUCCCCGCCAAGACCGCCCGCGGCGCCUCCCUCGUCCGCCGCGCGGACAACCUCAUUAACGGCAACGUCUCCGGCUCCGCGGAGAGCGUCGCGGGUCUCGGCGGUGACAUCGGCGCGCGCGACGCCACCGCCGCCGAGCUCGAGUCGGGUUUCAACGCCAAGUCCAUCGGCGAGGCCGACACCGAGCACAUCCUCAAGGUCCCCGAGGGUAUCCGAGACAUCACCGAGCUCUUCAAGCGAUCGUGCGUGUCGCUCGACGGAACCGAGGGACAGUUGGAGGAGGCGCAGAAGCUGGUGUAUCAGAAGCAGGUCGCCGACUGGAAGAUCCGCAAGGUGGACGGACACGAGGUGCUUCGGAGGGAAUACCGCACCGCGAACAAGGAGGACGCGCAGGAGGUUAUCAACAGGUUGAGCACCGUCGCCGAGUGCGAGAAUAAGAAGGUGGACUCGUACAUCGAGGGGCCCGGCGUGAGGAUCGAGAUCUGGUCCAAGGCGGUGAACGGCCUCCACGUGAACGAUUUCAUCCUGGCGGCGAAGAUCGACAAGCUGGACCUCAGCGACAAGGUGGUCAAGAAGCCCCCCAACGUCUUCCUCGUCUGA